AUGCAGCUGUCCGUCCUCCUCUCUGCCCUGGCCAUCUCUGCGGCUGGCGUUUCCGCCAGGCGUGACCUCCGCCAUGUCGCUCCCGUCGGUGAGAGGCUACAGAUGCGCAGGCCCGAGCCCCAGAUCAAGAACGAGUAUGUCGCUGAGGUCAAGCGCACUACCUCGGCCUCUGGCUACCAGUACCUGACCAAUAAGACCCAAGCUUUCCUGGUGGAUGGCACGGCCAUCCCUGAUGUGGAGUUUGAUAUGGGCGAGUCGUAUGCCGGCCUGCUCCCUCUGGGGAACAGCACGGAAGACGAGCUGUUCUUCUGGUUCUGGCCGUCGACCAACGUGGAUGCCGAGAAUGAGAUCCUGAUCUGGCUGAACGGUGGUCCUGGAUGCUCAUCCCUCGAGGGACUGCUUCAGGAAAAUGGCCCUUUCCUGUGGCAGCAGGGAACCUACCAGCCCCUCCAGAACCCUUGGGGAUGGAACCGCCUGACAAACGUCAUCUAUGUCGACCAGCCCGUCGGCACAGGUUUCUCCCAGGGCACACCCACUGCCCAGAAUGAGGUUGAUGUCGCCAACCAGUUCAUGGAGUUCUGGCAGACCUUUGUCGACACCUUCGACCUGACCGGGUACAAGGUGUACAUCGUCGGAGAGUCCUAUGCUGGCAUGUACGUGCCGUACAUUGCUAGCGGAAUGCUGGACACCAACGACACCGAUUACUUCAACGUUUCUGGAAUCAUGGUGUACGAUCCGUGUAUCGCCUAUGACUACCUCCAGGGCUCAGUCUCUGUCGUGCCUUUUGUUCAGAACCACCUCGACCUCUUCCCGCUGCAGGACAUUGCUGAACUCGUCAGCCUCGAUGAGAGCUGUGGGUACGCCGCGUUCAGGGAAGAGUACCUCACCUUCCCGCCGACCAGCACCAUGCCAAACAUCGAUGACCUGCCUGGCCGGAGCAACCCGGCAUGUAUCGCCCUGUACGACUCAGUGUAUGAGGGGAUUCAGACGUAUAACCCUUGCUUCGACAUCUACAAUGUCGCUAUCACCUGCCCUGUCCUCUGGGAUGUUCUUGGCUUCCCCGGUUCCUUCGAGUUCAUCCCACCAGGUGCUCAGAUCUACUUCAACCGUACCGACGUCCAGGAAGCGAUUCACGCCCCCCUCAUCGAAUGGGAGGAAUGCAGCAACAUCAACGUCUUCCCUGACGGCGACAACUCCCUCCCGUCUGCCGUGACGGUUCUGCCUGGCGUCAUCGAGCGCACACAGAACGUGAUUGUCGCCCACGGUCUGCUCGACAUGGUCCUGAUCGCCAACGGCACGAUCCUGCAAAUCCAGAACACUACCUGGAACGGGGCACAGGGCUUCCAGAGUACCCCUUACGCUGAUGGCCUUUACAUCCCCGCCCACGGCGAGUACCAGGUGGAGACGUACGCGGCAUCGGGCAUCAUGGGCACCACGCACACGGAGCGCGGCCUGACCUACAACACGGUCGACCUCUCGGGCCACAUGAUCCCACAGUAUCAGCCUUCUGUGGCCUUCCGCCAGGUGGAGGUCCUGCUGGGCCGCGUCGACAGCCUGACAAGCUUGGCGCCUUUCACCGUGAACGUGGGCGCUGGGGCAUUUGAUUAA